UUUAACUUCUUUUUGUUUAUCCGUAUUUGCUAAUUUUCUAAGGAACACUUGUGACAUCCAUUAUAAAGAGGAUUUUUUAAAAUCAUCUGUAUGCUAUGUUGUGUAAGCAUAUAAUAUUGUUAUAGUAAAGACAUUGCAUCAUUACCCUUGACUUCAGAAUACAAGCUUCUUAAUCCAGGAGUCCCAACAAAGUCCUUGAAGUUUCAGCUGGCAGAAUGCUGAAGGAGGAGUAAGAAGCUCCUCCCCUUUCUCUCAGCGUCUUCCAACUCUUAAAACACUUCUCCCUGCCUGGCAGCACACAGCUGACGACGGAGAAAACUAUACCGUCAAGGGGACACCGCCAAAGGGCAAAAAACAAAGGUAAGGAUGACGGCUGGCGAAAGAAGCUGGAGAGGAAAAGCUCAGCACUGGAAAGGAUGUAACUGGAGCUUUGGCUCAUAUCCCUAAUGCAGUGUUAUGAAAUAGUUUGGUUUUGUUAAAUGGGUUAUGUUAGAUGCUAAACCAAUGCAUCGUAAACAAGGUUUGCAGCAAAGUCCGUGAAAGCAGAGCUCUCAAGGAGAAGACUGGGGUUGGACCGGUGAUGCGUUUUAUUCAAUUAGUGCUGCUUAAAAAAAUUAAGUUACCACGGCUACAGUGUUUAAAGCCACUCAUCUGAUCACACCAUAAGGACUCUCUUACUCUUCCCCCUGUUUAAGCAUCAUCGAUUGAUCAACUCCUUGACAGAAGACCAUGGCAAAGAAGGUGGCGGUGAUUGGAGCUGGGGUCAGCGGCCUGAUCUCUCUCAAGUGCUGUGUGAAUGAGGGACUUGAGCCCACUUGCUUUGAGAGGACUGAAGAUAUCGGAGGCCUGUGGAGGUUCAAAGAAAAUGUUGAAGAAGGCCGAGCAAGUAUCUAUCAAUCUGUCAUCACCAACACCAGCAAAGAAAUGUCCUGUUUCAGUGACUUUCCAAUGCCUGAACAUUUCCCAAAUUUCCUGCACAACUCAAAGCUUCUGGAAUACUUCAGAAUUGUUGCCAGAAAAUUUGAUCUCCUAAAAUAUAUUCAGUUCCAGACAACUGUCCUCAGUGUGACAAAACGCCAGGAUUUCUCAUCCUCUGGCCAAUGGGAGAUUGUUACCAAGAGCAACGGCAAGGAGCAAAGUGCAGUCUUUGAUGCAGUUAUGGUGUGCAGUGGCCACCACAUCCUACCUCACAUCCCACUGCAGUCAUUCCCAGGUAUCGAGAGGUUCAAAGGCCAGUACUUCCAUAGCCGCCAAUACAAGCACCCAGAGGGAUUUGAGGGGAAGCGCAUCCUGGUGAUUGGAAUGGGAAACUCGGCCUCAGAUAUUGCUGUGGAGUUGAGUAAGAAGGCUGCUCAGGUGUUUAUCAGCCUCAGACAAGGGUCCUGGGUCAUGAGCCGUAUCUCUGACGAUGGCUAUCCUUGGGACGUGGUGUUUCACACCCGGUUUAGCUCCAUGCUCCGAAAUGUCCUGCCACGAAUGGUUCUGAAAUGGAUGAUGGAACGGCAGAUGAAUCGGUGGUUCAACCAUGAAAAUUAUGGUCUUGAGCCUCAAAACAAAUACCUUAUGAAAGAGCCAGUAACGAAUGAUGAUCUUCCCAGCCGUGUGCUUUAUGGAGCCAUCAAGGUGAAAUCAAGAGUGAAGGAGCUCACAGAGACAUCCGCCAUUUUUGAAGAUGGAACAGUGGAGGAGGACAUUGAUGUCAUUAUCUUUGCAACAGGAUAUACCUUCUCUUUUCCCUUCCUUGAAGAUUCAUUUGUUAAAGUAGAGAAUAAUAUGGUCUCUCUUUAUAAGUACAUGUUUCCCCCUCACCUGGAGAAGCCAACCCUUGCGUGCAUGGGCCUCAUCCAGCCCCUUGGUUCCAUUUUCCCAACCGUUGAACUUCAAGCUCGCUGGGUGACCAGAGUUUUCAAAGGCUUGUGUACCUUGCCCUCAGAGAGUACUAUGAGGGCAGACAUUAUCAAGAGGAACGAAAAAAGAGUUGACCUAUUUGGAGAGAGCCAAAGCCAGAUUGUACAGACCAAUUACAUUGACUACUUGGAUGAGCUCGCCUUCGAAAUUGGUGCUAAGCCAGACAUCCUCUCUUUCUUGUUAAAAGAUCCUAAACUGGCCAUGCAACUCUACUUUGGACCCUGCAGCUCUUAUCAGUAUCGCCUAGUUGGGCCUGGGCAGUGGGAAGGAGCCAGGAAUGCCAUCUUCACUCAGAAACAAAGGAUCCUGAAGCCUUUAAAGACUCGUUCUCUGAAGGCAUCCUCCAAUUUCCCGAUUUCCUUCCUGUUGAAAAUCCUUGGGCUCCUUGCAGUUGUUGUGGGCUUUUUCUUCCAGCUACAGUGGUUCUAGUCUGUCUGCAUAAAGCUUUUGUAUUUGUCAGUUAGUACCUUUUAAGGAAAAACAAAAAAGAAAAAUAUUAAAUCUACAUUCCAAAGUUUAGAGUUAGGAGGGACAGAGUGAGAAGGGUAACUGUGGAGAGUUAGCAGAAUUUGGUCUAUACGUAAAAUCAUAAACUGUGUCAUGGAAUUUCUUUGCCAUCCUACCCUUCCCUCAGGCUAACUAAGCUCUCCAAAAAAGAGGACAAAAUAACACUGGCCCAGGUAAAUAGUACUGCCAGUUCUGAUAUAUGGGAAUCAUGUAAAAAAUGAAGUAUACAGAACAAAAAGCAAGUCCACGGUUUAAAUUAUUGGAUAGUUUUAAUUGUGGGUCCAUAUUUAAAAUCCUGCAUGAUGUCCUUGGUGGUGUUUCUGUCUGGACUCUAUUUGGUAACAAAGGUCUCAGAUUUAAGUCAUGAUCCAUUUGCCUGGGAGAGGGGGUCACACAGAAAUACUGGAGAAAAAUUAAGAGGCUAGACUUAGAAAAUAGCAAUGCGCAGAUUUUUAGAGCCUCAUACUGAAAGCUGAACAAAUAGCCACAUUUCUUAUAUCUUGACAGAAACACUGCUGUAAAAAUAAACAUGCCAGAAGAGCUAGCUGAUACAUAUUUAGCACUUAGCAUGGACCAGACAUUGUGCUAUAUUCAUAUUAUAUGUAUUAUUUCAUUUAAUUCUCAUAACAAUCCUGCGAGAUGGGUACAACUGGUAUACCCAUUUUACAGAUGAAGAAACUGAGAUUUAGUUGGGUAACAUAUCCAAGACCACACAGCUAGUAUAUGAUGGAGCUGGGAUGGAACUCAUGUCUUUUAGAAAUGAAGAUCUUAACCUUACCCCAUAAUACUUACUUACAAAAAUUUCCGUUGUUGAUAAAGUACUUAUUAAUGGACUGUUUUAUUCAUAUUCACCUAUAUGUUACUUUGGAGGCUCUUCACACAAAAAACAGUACUCUUGCAAAUCUGAUCUAAUUAAUUUUAUUUGUAAUUUUUGGGUUUACAUUCCACCUGGACCUAAAAAGCA